GGACUUCCGGUAGCGCAGGUUGGACAUAAAGUGACAGACUUCAUCUCCUUAAAUUUUGAGGAAAACCUGAAGGACGACGCUUUACACGUAUAAAAACAUUUGUAAUGAUUUUCCGACAUGGACGACAUAAACCUUCACUAUCGUUUUCUAAACUGGAGGAGGAGAAUCAGAGAAAUUCGUGAAGUGCGGGCAGUGAGAUAUCGGGAACGUCUGAAAAAGAUGCUGAGGGAUGGAGACAUACUCAGGUAUCAUGGGAAUUCAGAUGAAGUCGGCUGUUUUGUGGCUGCCAGGCCUUUGUCGAAGCGAAAUCGCUAUUUCGAAGUGACCAUCACUGAUACAGGAGUGAGGGGGAUGAUUGCUGUGGGUUUGGUGCCACAGUUCUACAAACUGGACCACCAGCCGGGCUGGCUCCCGCAGUCUGUGGCCUUUCAUGCUGAUGAUGGAAAGCUGUAUAAUGGAAACACUCUAGGACAGCAGUUUGGUCCUAAAUGCUGCAGAGGUGACAGAAUCGGCUGUGGGAUAUCUCUAGACUCUGAGGAUGGACAUUUAACUGUGUUUUUUACCAAAAAUGGAAAGGAAGUUGGCAGUGUUGAAGCCCCAGGGCCUCCUGAAGCUCUGUACCCAGCUGUGGGGAUGCACUCCCUCGGAGAAGAAGUUCUGCUGGACCUGAACGCUGAAUGGGGGAUGGAUGAAGAUGAUGGGCUCAUGAUAGUGGACAGUCAUGAAGAGGACUGGAGCCGUCUCCAUGAUGUCAAGGUGACCGGCACGCUGCUGGAGUACGUGGGUAAAGGGAAGAGCAUCGUGGAUGUGGGCUUGGCUCAGGCCCGUCGACCUCUCAACACACGCUUCCACUACUACGAGCUGGAGAUCACAGAUGCAGGAGAGAAAUGUUACAUCGCCCUGGGGCUGGCACACAGGGACUACCCUAAAAACAGACAUCCUGGCUGGAGCAGAGGGUCCAUAGCUUAUCAUGCAGACGAUGGGAAGUUGUUUCAGGGCAGUGGGGUCGGGGACCCGUUUGGACCACGCUGCUUUGAAGGUGACAUCAUGGGCUGUGGGAUCAUGUUUCCCCGUGACUACAGUCAGGAGGCUGGAGAUGAUGUAGAUGACUGGGACCUUGAGGUGGCACCUAAGCCCAGCGAGGUUCAGAACGACCUUUAUGCAAACAAUGAAGACGAGGAGGAGGAAGGAGAAGAUGUAGAUGGGAGGAAAGUCAUGGUGUUCUUCACUAGAAAUGGGAAGGUGGUGGGACGCAGAGACGUGGCCUUACCUGCUGGAGGCUUUUACCCCACAAUCGGCAUGAUGAGCACCGGGGAGAAGGUGAGGGUGGACCUGCACCCUCUCAGUGGCUGAGCUGAGUGGAGGUGAUAAAAACAAAGGUUUAAAAUAAGAGCAAGGACUAAUAAUCGAGCUCUGAUGCAUUUUGGAGAUCAGACAAUAAGUAAUACCUCUGUAUCAUCAGGCUGUAAGACAUUACUUGAAUAGUCACUCCAGUGUAGCGGGUUCAUGGUGCUUCCUUGUGCUUCAAGAAUGAUCUGAUUUUGGCAGAUAAUUUUUAUCAAGAAUGAUCAAAAUGUAUUUUUAUAUCACAUGUGCCUCAAAGAAACGCUUUAAAGUGAAAUGGUUUUACAUGAAAAAGCAUUUGUGGGAGAAAAACACUAUUUUUUUGUGACAAAUUCAUUAGUUAAUGGAACAUAAAUGCCAAAAAGAGAAGGAAUAAUGAAUGUAUAAAUCUCCUGAGCUUCGUAGUGGACCACUUUACCAUCAGAGAUGUAUAGACAUACAGAAUCUCAGCAGGCAUGUAGCCUGCAGGUCUACAGAACUCAAAACUUGAGCUCUGCUGUGUCUCUGUCAAACAAUGGUGUGUUAGUGACACUCAGUGGUGAGAUGGAUAAUAUGAAAAAAGGAUGCUGACAAAGUACUCUGAAAGAAAAAAACAAACAGUGCAUUGCAUUUAGUGUGCUGCAAAGUCUUUUAAGAAGCUGCUUUAUUUCUGUGGUUCUGUAUGAAUAUUUCUGCUUGUUCUCUUACUCAUAUUCAGUAAUGCAACACCAAGAGGAAUUGUGGGAACAUUUCAAAAUAAUGAAAAGAGUUUUUUAAAAUCAAAGAAAUGUUUUCAUAUUUUAGUCUGAUUUCAACAUAAUGUGCUGCCCUUUAAAAGGCAUGGUGUAAAAUCCCUCCAUCCUCCUUGGGAUAAAUGCUUUCAUCUACAAGUGAGAACCACAAACAGAUUAAACCGAAAGUAACUGAGCUGAGGUUAUGAUCAGACAUCUUUCAUUGCUUUUCCUCUACGGCGAAGAUGUCAAGUAUUCAAGUGUGACAAGUAUUGGUGGUGAUAUAUCCUGAAGUUUGCCACGUGAUGGGGUUAAGUGAAGUAAUUAAACAAAGCAUUUAAAAAAAGAUUUUCAUAGAAAAAUGUUUGUAAUUUCUGUGGAUUCUGAAGCACUUUUGGUCAAAAGGAUGCCAAGUGUAAAAAAGGGAAAAAAAAUAGAGAUGGUGAACAGGACAAGAAUGACUUGGGAUUAACUUGAAAUCUCAGUAAAUCUGUCAAUAAUUACAGUGAUUUAAUUUUUUUCUGACUGAUUUAAAUGAAGCCAUACAGAUAUUUUUGUGCUCUCAGGUGUUUGAAAAUCAAAUUAAACACUCUGUUUUCCUAUAGUGAUUACUUUGUGAUAUCACUGUAUUAUAGUCAACAUGAACUGUCACAAACCUUUAAUUUUUUUUUAUGUUUUUAUGUUGGUGACAAACUCAAAUCACUCAAUGACACAUUUUUUUAUUUGACUGUCAAAGUAGGAAACUGUUUUUCCCAAAUCUUCAGUCAAUGGAAAAGUUGUAGUUGCAUGCAAGAGAGCUGAUUUCAUUUUUCUGGACUAAAUGCUACACACCACUCUUACUUCUCAUCUAAAUUAUAGAGAUGAAAGAGCCGCUUCUUAUCCCCCUGAUUUCUCUGCUAUGAAUUAUGAGUUGUACAUGAAAAAUGUAAUUACAAGCUGAUGGCAACAACUGCAACUUUUAAAUGUUCUGUAAUUUUUACCUGUACCACAGUGAUUAAUGUCUUUUGUAAAAAUAAGAUUAAGGUGUUUAAAAUGUUACACUGUGACAGUGGACAAUCUUUUUUUGUAACAUGUCUGCAGACUGUGCAGGUCACUGAGAUCUUACAAAACCCUAAUUCAUCAUGUUUAGGAGCUUUAUUUUAAAAUGUCUAAUACAUCCAUUAAUGCCUCCCUGGUUGAUAACAAAUAUUCAAGUCAGUGGUGUUUGUGUGUUAUUUGUUGUGCUGCUACUACAUGUGCCAAGGCAAACCUUUGCACAUCAUCAUAUCAGCCUGUACUGUAGACAGUGUACUCAUUAUUCUGCUCUUAUAUAUGAACCUUUUUGUUUAAUCAUUGCUGAAGUUUAAAGAGGACAUAUCAUAAAACCCCACUAACCCCCCCCCCUUUUUUUUCUUUUUUUUUUGCACAUAUAUUUGGGUAUUCAGAGAUUUACCGACCCAAAAAUGUGAAAAAGGAAAAUGAGUCCUGUGAUCUACCUAUUUCAUGACAAGAAAUCUUCCAGUCUGUUUAGAGUCUGUGCUCCUUGAGACAUCAGUCAUUAUAAUGUUACCUUCCUCUUACCUGGUGUCUCCACCCACAGGGGGUCGGGAUCAGAAGGAGCUCAUUUGCAUUUAAAGAGACACACAACCAAAACCAAUACAGGGCCAAAAACCUUCUCUGGUGCUCAAAACAUAUUAUAUUUUGACCAAAGCAUGACGCAGAUGUUUCUUUAAGAUCACAGCAUCUGUGUCUACAGGUGAGAAAGGGGUAUGAUGCGUCACCUUUAAGUCCACAUACUGCCAUCUUUGUAGAUGUAUCUUCACUCUGGGCCUUUUCAUAUUUUUAAACCAGAUAAAAAUGCCAAAAAUGAUGCAAAUUUAAUAAAAACAUUUACAAUCAC